AUGCGUCUAGUACAGCCUGCAAGCUCGGUUGCCAUCAAUGAAGAGCAAAAGCAAGUAAAUAUUGCAGACGUUCUGGGAACGAAGUAUCAACUGUUCACUGAUAGACACAAGUUCUCAGACGGAGCUCAACGAGAGGUGAUGUCAUUUGACAAAGUAGAAUAUUUCCAUCGAGGAGGGGCAAAACUGGAUAGAGAAUCAACCGCGAAUCUCGAAUCAACCACAGGGAGGUGA